AUGAAGCGACUGUCGCGGGUUUUCAGUGGUAGCCCCAAGCCCGUUGCGUCAGAAAAGGAAGCCCAAGCUCCCCAACAAGCCGUCAAAACCGUCAUUGAACAGCGGUCUGUUGAUGAAGGCCGACCCUUGAGAGUUGUUGUCAUUGGCGCUGGUAUUUCGGGCAUUCUCGCUUGCAUUCGAUUUGUCCAGAGAAUUCCAAAUCUGGAUCUGUGCAUCUACGACAAGAACGCGGAUAUUGGAGGAACCUGGGUUGAAAAUCGGUAUCCAGGCUGUGCAUGUGAUAUUCCCGCGCAUACCUAUCAGGCCACAUUCGAGCCCAAUAAAGAAUGGUCAUCAUUCUAUGCCACUUCACCGGAAAUUCACCAAUACUGGAAGCGGGUCGUUGAAAAGUAUGGAUGUAUGAAACACAUCAAGCUGAAGCAGCAGGUUGAAGGGGUAACUUGGGAUGAGAAGAGCUCGAAGUGGAAUGUUCAAAUCCAAGACCUAGACAGCGGCUCAACAUAUAACGACCGGGCUGAUGUUCUUAUCCAAGCAACCGGUGCUCUCAAUAACUGGAAAUGGCCAAAUAUCCCUGGCCUUCAUGACUUCAAAGGCAAGCUCCUGCACAGCGCCUCAUGGGAUGAGGGAUAUGACUAUUCGAAUAAACGAGUGGCCGUAAUUGGAAACGGUUCCAGCGGCAUUCAAAUUGUUCCUGGAAUGCUGCCGAAGGUGGCACAUAUCGAUCAUUAUAUCCGCAGUCGGACGUGGGUAUCCCCGACAUUUGCUCGAGAGCAGAUUGAUAAACGUGCUAAGGGACUGGAAAACUAUACCUUCACCCCAGAAGAGAUCGAGACCUUCAAGAACGAUCAUCAAGCGUACCAGAAUUUCCGGAAAGAGGUCGAGCUCGAGCUGCAGUCUAUCCAUGGGGCCACGCUGACAGGUCACCCCAUGCAACUGGGAGCCCAUGACGCGUUUGUCGCAAACAUGAAGCGGCGCUUAGCCAACAAGCCUGAUCUAGCGGAUGACCUUAUCCCAGCAUUCCCACCAGCUUGUAGACGCUUGACACCAGGCCCUGGUUAUCUCGAGGCUUUGACGGAUGAGAAGGUGAAUAUCAUCAAGUCGGAUAUUGUCAGGGUGGACGCGACAGGCAUCCUCACAGCAGAUGGUCAGCACCGAGAGGUCGAUGCGAUAGUCUGUGCUACCGGAUUUGAUACAACCCACACUCCACGGUUCCCUAUCAAGGGUCGAGGCGGACUCACUCUCGCAGAACGAUGGAAAAGGACUCCCGAGACCUACAUCUCGGUCGCGACCGACGGGUUUCCCAAUUACUUCAUUUCCCUGGGGCCGAACGCCGGAUUGGGAGAGGGCAACUUACUCAUCUUGAUAGAGAAGGAGAUAGACUACUUCACAGAAUGUGUGAAGAAGAUGCAACGUGACAACAUCCGCGCUCUGUCUGUGAAAGCCGACGCGGUCCGGCGGUUUACGAAGUACUGCGAUGAAUACUUCGCAGGCACCGUCUUCAGCAGCAAGUGUCGCAGUUGGUACAAGGGUGGUACUGAAGAUGGGCGCAUUAUUGCACUAUGGCCUGGGUCCUCCCUUCAUGCGAUGAAGGUAUUCGCGAAUCCCCGCUGGGAAGACUUCGACUAUGAGUAUGUCAAUGACAAUGCGACCGGGUGGUUUGGAGAUGGUUGGACUGAGAAUGAGAAAAAUGACGCGAUCAAUGUUAACUAUCUGGACGAUGAUCAGAUUGAUUUCCCCCAGCCUGUGCAAGUAUAG